GCAUCUGGUCCCUCUCCAAGAGUGAAUUCAAAUUCAAACAAAUCUCAACCUAGAGACUUGCAAAUUAAUAAAGACUUCGUCAUGAGUAUAUUUUGGGCAUUUUACUGAAUAGUUUGCUCGUGUAGUUCCCUAGUAGACUAGGAUUUCAUCGUCGUGACUUUUGUUAUAGAGGAAGCUACAGGUUCACGAGCUGUCAUAUUACUGCCAUAAAGUGUAGUACAGAGUGAAUUCACUCUCGGGAGCCUACGUCAAACUGAUGGUCACGGCCAGCAUGCCACUACCACAUAGUCGAGGAAAAGAUUAUCUUACCUUGUUUUUAAAAAAAUCUUUAAACUAUACUGAGUUUUGCAAAAAAAUAAAUAGAGUAUUUGUAAAUUGCUUUUUUUAAUACCGUCGGUUGCGUAAACGGUUGUGUGUUUCGGUUCGGUUCGGCAUAUGACAACCGCAUUAUGCUCGACUCAUCUCUCAAUUUUAGGCUGCGGAGGAAAGGCUGCACCUUGGUUGUAGUUUUAGGUGUUAUUAAUCUCUUAGUGGCUUUAUUUUAUUUCAUGGGUUACUCGAAUGGGUUCUCACCAAACCAACAUAUACAGACACAGACGCGAAUUGAAAUUGAUUUUAUUACCGUGACACUUCCACCGGAAGAUAUUGGACAUCACGACCUUAAUAACAGCGUUGUAACAUUGCAAACUCCGAAGCUUCACGAUAUACAUUUACCCAAUACAACUACUACAACAACUGAUAACACUACUACUACUGCUACUACUACUACUACAACUUCGUGGAAAAAGUUAGAAAAAUGUCCUGAUCCGUCUCCACAUCUUGUUGGGCCUCUCAGGGUUGUGUUCUCUACGCCUGUCAGCUUGGAUACAGUGAGGAAGGAGAACCCAGGCCUGCAGGAAGGAGGUCGCUACAAACCACAUGACUGUGUCGCCCUCCAAAAGGUUGCUCUUAUCAUCCCCUUCCGCCUUCGUGACGAGCACCUCAAGUUCUGGCUCUACUACCUCCAUCCCAUCCUUCAGCGCCAACAGCUGGACUAUGGCGUCUACGUCAUCAAUCAGGAUGGAGACAACACGUUCAACAGGGCCAAGCUGAUGAACAUUGGCUAUGCUGAGGCCCUGAAAGAGUAUGACUACGACUGCUUUGUGUUCAGUGACGUGGACCUCAUCCCCAUGGAUGACCGCAACACCUACAAAUGCUUCCGCCAGCCCAGACACCUGUCUGUCUCCAUGGACAAGUUUGAUUUCAAGUUGCCCUAUAACCAGUACUUUGGCGGUGUCUCAGCGUUAAGUAAGGAGCAGUUCCUGGAAAUCAAUGGCUUUCCCAACAACUACUGGGGCUGGGGUGGUGAAGAUGAUGACAUUUUCAACAGGGUGAGCUCUAGAGGAAUGUCCAUCUCUCGUCCAGAUAGCGAGGUCGGAAAAUGCCGGAUGAUCCGUCACGAAAGAGACAAACUGAACGACCCAAAUCCUCAGAGGUUUGACAGAAUACAACGCACAAGACUGACGAUGAAUACCGACGGUAUAAACUCUCUCAAGUACGAAGUCGUCAAAGUGGAAAAGGAUCCUCUGUUCACGAAAAUCACAGUAGAUGUGGGGAAACCUUAGUGAAAGUGGAUAAAUGUGAGGAGUUAUUUUGCACAUCACUUAUCACACGGUGGUGGGCAGAGAAAGCACGGCGGAACCAUGGAAUACAAUACCGAGGAUACUCUGAAUUCUCCGGGAACACGGGCAUUUAUUGUGGAAACAAAUGGGCAGCACUUGGAUGAAUGGGACGGCACGACAAGACCUUAUAAAUAUCAGAGUGGAUCAAAAUGUUUGGUCAACGUGUUUGACUUCUAAUGGCAGUACAAAAGGGGAGGGGCGUGGGACGAAUAAGUUAUUUUGUACAUCAUUUGUAAUGAGUUGCCUUUGUGUAAUUCAGUAAGGGACAACUACUUGAUUUAAAUGCGUAUAUCAGUUUAAUAAAUAUGUAUAUAGUUAAUACAUAUUUUAUACAUUUGUUUCUUUCUUCUUGCAUUUUUGGCAGAGAUAUUUGAGAUGAUUAUGGUUUAAUAUAUUUUGCAGAAAUGUUUCCCAUGUUUGAAACGGUGUGAAAGGUCUUAAUCCCGAUCUACAGCAACUGUUGGUUUGGUUACUUAUACAUGUUUCCCAAAACAUCAGUUGAUACACACUUGUUUGCUGUAUUCUGUCCAUUCAAUUCCAAUCUGUGACAUGAUCACUUCCAUGCUUCUUUACAUUCAAAACCUAUUCAGUACCUGUUACAUGAAUGAUCACUUCCAUGCUUCUUUACAUUCAAAACCUAUUCAGUACUUGUUACAUUAAUGAUCACUUUCUUGCUUCUUUACAUUCAAAACCUAUUCAGUACCUGUAACAUGAAUAAGGUACUGAAGUCACUGUGUUUCAUGUGACUGAAAGUAAAAGCCUAAUGUCUGGUGUUCAGUCAAUGGAAUAGAACAGGGGGAAGUUAUUAAGUAAAAUAAAAAAGUUUUACAUUUUAAUUA